GAGAAAGCGUGGGUGGUGGUGGGGGGUCUCUCGCAGAGGAAAGAAAGAUUUGUGAAAUGAUAGGUGGUCGGGCUUUGUUUGGCUGGACUGUUGCGCGCAAUAAGUCGAAGGUUUUCGUGUUUCCUCUACUUGAGGGAUUACUUAGCACCGCUGUGACACCCAGUGGAGCCCUUGUGUCGAGCUUCAGCCCCGGACACUCAGUCUAGUGGAUAACCAACUCCCCCCACUCUCUUCCUCUUCCUCUCUCUGUCAGUGCGUACCCGCCGUGCGUUCUGCAUGCGUCAAAGGAGCACCGUGCGUAACGGGAGAGUCGUGCGUAACUGGAGACAGAUUUCACUCCACUUUGCGCGAGGAUUCUGGAGACCACUGGCGGUGUAACGCUCACUAACAAAGACAUUGAUCGCUGGAACCCGACAUAUUUCUCUUCUGAAACACCUCACGGUUAGCAUUUUCUCCCUCCCUCUCUUUUCUCUCUACGCCAGUUGUACGUCAGAGCUGACAUGACGACCGAGACCCCUCAGCAGCAGCUGGACCCUCCGCCUCCUCUGAGAUCCAGCCCGGCAUCCAGCGUCCUGCAUCCCGCCAUGCUGAGCCCACAAGCCGUCACAGAAAGUUCGUCCACUGCCAGCAAAGGAAAGAAGACGAGCUCUGGUUUGAGGCGGCCGGAGAAGCCCCCGUACUCCUACAUCGCUCUCAUCGUUAUGGCAAUACAGAGCUCCCCUACCAAACGGCUAACACUCAGUGAGAUCUACCAGUUUCUCCAGGCUCGCUUCCCUUUCUUUAGGGGUUCAUAUCAGGGCUGGAAGAAUUCAGUCAGACAUAAUCUUUCACUUAAUGAGUGCUUCAUCAAGCUGCCCAAAGGACUGGGCAGGCCGGGGAAAGGCCACUACUGGACCAUCGAUCCUGGCAGUGAGUUCAUGUUCGAAGAAGGAUCGUUUCGUCGCAGACCCAGAGGUUUCAGAAGAAAAUGUCAAGCUCUGAAGCCCAUGUAUCGGAUGAUGAAUGGCAUAGGCUUCGGCACCUCAAUUCUCCAGCAAAGCUUUGACUUCCAGGCUCCGUCGGCCAGUCUCGCCUGUCACAGUAACAGCUAUAACUUGGACAUGAUGAGCAAUUCAAUGGCCGGGGGGUACGACGGGCUGAGUGGCGGCCACCAUGUACCUCACAUGUCCCCGAGCCCCGGAUCCACAUACAUGGCGAGCUGUCCUGUGCCGCCUAACGGGGACUAUGGGCCGGACAGCAGCAGCAGUCCUGUACCGUCUUCUCCAGCGAUGGCCAGCGCACUGGACGGUCACUCUCCGUACGCCAGUACAUCCGCACACUGGGCGUCCUCUGGCGGGUCUCCCUACAUCAAACAGCAGCCUCUGGCCUCCAGCAGCCCAGCAUCCUCUGGUUUACACUCCGGCAUGUCGCCUUACUCCUUGGAGCAGAGUUAUCUUCACCAGAACGGCAGGGACAAUCACUCCACUGACAUAUCAGUGGGGAUUCCACGCUAUCAGAGCCACUCCUCGGUGUGCGACAGGAAAGAUUUUGUGUUGAACUUUAACGGCAUCUCGUCCUUCCACCCCUCGGCCGGUGGAUCCUACUAUCACCACCACCACCACCAUCCCCAGAGCGUGUGUCAGGACAUCAAACCGUGCGUGAUGUGAGCGGGCUUCAAACACAAGACGGUCACAGUGAAACUGUAGCUCCGUCACAUCUGAACAAACAUAUGGACUUUUUGUCUUUCAUUUUUAUUUUUGAAGGAUUCAUACUAGGAUGUAUCGUGGUGUCACAUGUUUGCCUCCUACAUGCUGCCAAAGUAGCUUUUUUUAACUUGAAAAAAAUAUGCAUUGACGGAAAUGAAUGAAACCCCGGAGGCCUUUAGAAAAACCACUUUGCCUAUAUGAACCCGAACAAGCUUUCUUCUUCAAAAGAAGUUUCUGAAACACGACUUUUAAUGGGUUUGCUCUUGUAACACAUGCAAACAAAUUAUACUCCAUGUAACUAUGUUUUAUCUUAUAGAGUAACUACACGUGACGCUUUAGGCUUUCAUGAACUGCAACAAACCUUGCACUUAUUGUAUAAUCUUUUGCCAUUUUUUUGUUUUGUUAACAGUUUCAAUAAAGCUGAUAUAUAUUUUAGGCUA